UCUAUCUGUGUUAUCACGUGACACGACCCGCCGGAGUAGCUCGGAUCUUAUUUGGGUAAAAUUUCCUACUUCGUUGAAAAUUUAGAACACACCUUUCGUAAUCAAUCAUUUACAAAAAAUAUAGCGAAUUAAUUAGCGCACUACCUUUAUGGCGGAGUAGCAAAGUUUAAUGGUGGAAUGCAUUUUUGCUGGUUUUGCUUGGAAUAGCCGGGGAGCAGUACGGCAGUACCGGCUGGCGCGGUUGAAAGCCGGUCGUCGUUCGGAAAUAGUUUCUUCUUUGUACGAAAAAAAAAAAAAAAAGGCGCCAACAUGUCGGAGAUUCUUCUGAGUAAGAAAUUCUGAAGGGAUCCUGCCGUGCGCCUGGUAUGCCUUCCCUUGCUGAACUUUCGCGCGACGUCAGUGGUAUUUGUGAUGCAAGUCGCCACGCACGCCCUUUUGAUUGUGCAUGCGUGCUAUCAGCCGUGUAGCAAGGCUUGCUACCCCUCGGACUCCGUGUGCGCUGGAUAGCCCUCUAAUUUGCACGGAGCCGACGUCCCUGAAGUAGAGUCAAGGUGGUCGACACGUCUCCACAGCGAAUCUCUUGAACGAACAGCUGUGCAAGAAGUCCGCAGCUAUGGAGAACAUCAUCACCUCACCGAAUGACACGAGGUCGUACCGGGUGAUCACCCUGGCCAACGGUCUCACGGCUCUUCUAAUCUCGGACCACAAGGUGAGGGCACCGUCCUCCCACCAUUCUUCGUCUUCACCCAACUCAUCUCAAAGAGUAAGCCACGAGCAGCUAUCAGUGGUCGAGGAAGCUCCUAAGGAUAAUGGCUGCGCGGUAAGCUGUUUACCGCUGCCACCAAAGAUCAGCAUCGCGUCCUCUAUUGCGAAUUACAUCACAGAGAGAAAAUACGAAGACGUCAGUCAUGAUAAUAAGAGCCAUGGGCCGGACGUGUCGGCAGGGCGUUCAUGUUCUCCAGAUUCUCUCUUGCCACUUUCCGACGAAGGUUCUUCCGACGAGAGCGCUAGCGACGAUGAAGACGCCAGUGGUCCCGACUCGGAGAUGGAAGGUAACAGCGACACGGAAUCGGGCCAUCCUUCUCAAUCGGAAAGCAAGCCCCUCAAUACUAAGAAGGAAAAGAUGGCAGCAGCCGCUCUCUGCGUUGGAGUCGGGAGCUUCCAUGAGCCGAAGCAUCUGCAAGGUCUUGCACACUUUCUCGAACACAUGGUGUUCAUGGGCAGCGAGAAGUACCCACGAGAAAACUACUUCGAUGCCUUCCUUAACAAGUAUGGCGGAAGUGACAAUGCAUAUACUGAGUGCGAGAAAACUGUCUACAAGAUGGAAGUUCAUCAAAAACAUCUUGGCCGGGCCCUCGACAUUUUUGCUAACUUCUUUGUUGCACCGCUUAUCAAGGAGGAGAGCAUGGAAAGAGAACUUCAAGCCAUCGACAAUGAAUUCCAACUGGUGCUACCAUCAGACUCCUGCCGUCACCAGCAGCUCCUGGGAAGCAUUGCUCAUGAAGCACACCCAAUGCGGAAAUUUAUGUGGGGGAACACCAAGUCUCUGAAGGAGGUUCCUCUGACCGAUAAUGUUGACGCUCAUGCUGCACUAAGAAGUUUCUUUGAAGAAAACUACAGCCCUGAGCUUAUGACACUGGCUGUUCAGUCAAAGCAUUCUUUGGAUGAUCUGGAGCAGAUGGUUAGCAAGAUCUUCUCUGCUAUCCCCAAAAGGACAGCCAAGAGUGAGUUGACAGGUUUCCUGCCUCGUGAGCCUUUCCCAUUGGAACAGUUCACAAAACUGUACAAGGUGCAGCCAGUGAAGAAGGUGAACAACCUGUCAGUUACUUGGGCAUUGCCAUCCUUACUCCACGAGUACAAGACCAAGCCUCUUGAGUACAUUUCUUAUGUUGUGGGCCAUGAAGGUGCUGGAAGCAUCCUGGCAUACUUGCGAGAGAAGUCGUGGGCUCUCAGCUUGGUUGCUGGCAAUGAAGGAACUGGUUUCCAUCAUAACUCUACUUGCUCGCUGUUUAAUGUUACCAUUUCUCUCACAGAGGACGGUCUAAAGCAUAUCGGUGAGGUGUUGACUGCUGUAUUUGGCUUUCUUGCCAUGGUUCAGCGAAAGGGUCCAAUCGCGAGCAUUUUUGAUGAAAUUCGUACUGUCUCGGACAACAACUUUCGCUGGUGCGAAGAAGAGAGCCCCUUGGACUAUGUCGAAAGGCUCUGUUCAAACAUGCAGCUGUACCCUCCUCAGCAUUACCUUCUUGGCGAGACCUGUCUUUUCGAAUAUGACCCAGCAAUAAUUCAGAGCUGCUUGGAUAUGCUGGUUCCUCAGAAGGCAAACAUCAUGAUUAUCUCUUGCCGGUACCAGAAGCAAGGAAUCUGCACCCUGAAAGAGCCGUACCUAGAAACACAAUAUUGUGUGCAAGACAUUCCGCAGGAAUGGAUAUCCGCAUGGGCUAACUUGACGCCGGAUCCCUACUUCGACGUGCCCCAGCCGAACAAAUACAUUGCUACUGACUUCAGCCUGAAAGAGGAAUCUGAUUAUCAGUCUGAACUACCUGUCCAAGUGCAUGAAACUGGAUGCUACCGGUUGUGGUACAAAAAGGAUACCAAGUUUAAUGUUCCUAAAGCGUGUAUCUACUUUCAGCUUAUCUCUCCUGUCAUGUACAUGUCACCAGAGAAUGCUGUUCUCAUGGAUCUUCUGGGAGACAUCCUGCUUCAAAACAUGAGUGAGGAGACAAAUGCAGCUGUGUGUGCUUCCCUUGACUUCUCCAUCUCUGUCCAUGAAAAUGGCCUAACCAUACGUGUCAUAGGUUUCAAUGAGAAACUUCCUGUUCUUUUUGAUGUCAUCUUGCAUCAUUUGGCCAACUUUGAGGUUAAGCAGGAGCUAUUUGACAACCUCAAGAAGCACUUACACAAGCGGUACUACAAUGACUUCAUGAAGCCAUCGCGUCUCUCUACAGACACACGUUUUUCUAUUUUGCACCAGUGCCACUGGUCCCACAUAGAGAAGCGCACCAUCAUCAAGGAUGUGACAGUCUCAUCAUUGUUGUCCUUUGUGAAACUGUUCAAAAACCACCUCUUUGUUGAAGGGCUGGUUCAUGGCAACAUGACUUCAUCAGAAGCUAUUUCUCUGGCAGAGCUCGUGGUGAACAAACUUGACUGCAAGCCACUGCCUUCCUGCAUGAUCCCUGAGGCAAGGGUGAUGAAAAUCCCACAUGGCAACUACUACUGCAGGGUAGCCUCGUUUAAUCUGGAAGACCCCAAUUCUGUCAUUGUCAACUACUACCAGCUGGGGCCAGGUGAUGUGAGUCAGCACGUGCUUGUUGAGCUCAUGAUCAACUUCAUGGAGGAGCCAUGCUUUGACACGCUGCGAACAAAGUCCCAGUUGGGCUACGACGUGAACUGCUCCAACAGAAACACCAACGGCAUUGUCGGAUUUACUGUCAGUGUGUCUUGUUCGGCUGAGAAAUUCACCUGCACCUAUGUGGACCAGCAGAUCGAGGCAUUCCUGGGUAUGUUUGCCAAAAAGAUGACCGAGUUAACCCAGGAGGAGUUUUCUACUCAAGUUUCAUCACUUGUGAAGCAAAAGAACUGCUCGGACCUUUACCUCCAAGAAGAGUCGGACCGACACUGGCAGGAGAUAGCAUCCUUUGACUAUCUCUUUGAUCGACUGCACCGGGAAAUUGAGUUUCUCAAGAACCUGUCACUGGAAGAAUUCAAGAAUUUUUGCAAGAUUCUGCUUCCACUUGACCACCGCACAGAACCUCUACGACGGAAGCUUUCCAUCCAGAUUGUCGGCUAUGGUGAAGCUGCAAUUGCAGAGUCCAAGCCUUUUGGAUCACUCUCCUUGGAAGCGUCAUCUUCAACCACUGUGGAUGUCGAGGACAGCUCAGUCAAUCGAGCACUUUCUUUCGAGCGGUGCAUUGAGCAGAUGCAUCAUGUCCAUCCCUGGAAGCAACCGAAGCAGUCUCCUGAGCAAAAUGGCAACGAUGACAGCAGCAGCGAGGACAUCACAUACUUGCUGCAGUUUCUGGAAUCUGCCGUGAAAAUUGAGGAUUCAACAUUCAUUGGGGAUGUGACAUUGUUCAAGCGACAACUACCCGUGUACCCAUUUGUAAGAGUAGACUCGUAGUGCCUUUGUCUGGAGCUGCACCAGUGAAAUAUGUCUGACUGUGGUCUAUAUUAGUUUUUCUCAAUGAACUUUGUCAAUGAAUUGUUUGUGCUGCUUUUCAGAAAAGCUACAGGGUCUACUUUUGCUCCUGUUUGGUAUUUGAAUAGCAUGAAUGAAAUAAGGUGCCUCUUGAGUGAGUGAUAACUUGCUUUAAUUAAUGGGUUUAUACAUUUCUUCUUAGUUUCUACCUACACUGUGAUUUGUUUGUACUUACAAAGUGUGCCUAUUGUAUUGUAAAAGAAACGGUAGCAUUUCAGAUCUAUAGGCAUUGUCUGACUCAUUGAUUUUGUCGGCAGGGAAGUUUGAACUAUGUUUCUAACCACAAACAGAUGGUGUAGCAGAUUACAAUCGACCAAGGAGUGCUUGUAUGUUUGCUUUUUCUCAGUUUAAAUGUGUGCUCUAUAUUGGUGUUUUGAAAUAUAGGGUUAUUUGUACUUUUUAAUAGGACAAUUUUUUUAUAUUUUUUCACAUAAGUCAAAUAAAGUUUAUAGCUUGGAA